AUGAAAGAAGUACUUAACAUUCCGUUUCUUGUUCUUCUUGUUUCGGUUUUAGAUGCAAAAGUAACGAAACAAAAUAUUGCAAAUUUCCUCCGGUGCCUUCGUGAUUGGACAAGUCCAGAGAAUCCGAUCACCGAAGCCAUCUAUACCCCCGCCAUUAUUGCUGCAAAACAUGAAUCUCAGGCAACCGUGGUCUGCGCAAAGUCCAACGGAAUCAAGAUCCGAAUCCGAAGCGGCAGCCACAACUUGGAGGGUCUUUCCUACAUCUCGUGUAUACCUUUUGUAAUUCUCGAGAUGCACAACCUCCCGUCUAUAACCAUUGACGUAUCCAGCAAGAAACCUUGGGUUCAAGCUGGUGCGAGGGGUUUCCUUUUCGAUGAGGAAACGCGGUGGCAUUCGCGAGAACCUGGUCCAUCACUCCGCCGUAAGGGUUCCGCGAAUGCCAUGGCGUUUCCUCAUCGAAAAGGAAACUUGUUUAAGAUUCAGUACUUUGUGUUAUGGACCGACGCAAACGCCACAAACGUUGAUCUCGGUUUGAUGAAAGAACUUUACGAGGUGGCGGAGCCGUACGUGUCAAGCAACCCGAGAGAGGCGUUUUUGAAUUACAGAGACAUCGAUGUUGGAAGCAAUCCUAGUGGAAAGACAGGGAUGGAAACUAACGUGCUUCCACACCGUCUAUUCGCUGAUCACCAGGAGCCAGUCGGUGACCGAGUGAAUUCGUACUUCAAGCUCGACACACUCGGGGUUAUCUUAAAAGACCUCACACCAGACGAACUAAGACUCAUUCGGCCUUGCUUUGGGAAACUGAUCGACAUGUAUCAUAAACCCGCUCACUCCGGCAAACUCGCUCACUUUCUGCUGACCCGGCAGUUGAAGAUGGAAAAAAGACACGAGCUGUGGUUCAUUUUCGGCAGUAAGCCAGUCAAAUUUUCCCUUCGCGAGUUCGCGAUUGUGACAGGCUUAAACUGCAAACCCAUUUCACCUCCUCCUCGGGAAAUGCUAAAGUGUAAACCCGGAGAAGUCCCAAACUGGUUCGCUUUAUUCGGGGGAGAUGAAAAUGUCACCGGCGAGAAGUUGGCGGUAAUGCUUAGGCGCUCAAAAAAUCUGUCGAGCGAGCUGAAGCACUGCUUCGAGAUGACUGUUCAGUGCAUCAAAACCCGCACUACUAAUCAGCUAACACAACCCACCGUUGCCAUUCAGAGUUUUGUACAUGCAGUUCAGAUGGUUCUCCUCGAGGCGGUCCCCACAGCGCUGAUGACGAUGGGAGAAGAAAAUGGGAGUGAGUCAGAGGAGGAAGAGUGCGUUACAGCCAGCACUCUCAAACUAGAUAAGCUGUGGGAUCUCGAUUUGUCGGGCCAGGUUGCCGUGACUUCAAUUAUCAAAGCAGACACCGAAGAAAUUCCACCAGCCACCCUAGAGUGGCAAGACGAAGUUCCAGAUCCGAAGGUUGAUUACAUGGAGAUGCUAAUAGCAGAAGGAGCCAAGUUUUGCAGGGACUCUUUCAUUGGCGGGCAUGUUGGCCCUCCUCCACCCGCACAAUCCUCUGCCGUCAAAAGCCAGAAAAAGAGUUGGCCGUCUGUGGUGAAAGACAAGCCAGCCGCUCCCCUUGUGCGAGCCAAAAAACCAAGAAAAGGACGCAACUCGGUAAAGGCAUCCCACCAAGGAUAA